AUGACAUCAAGGUAUAGAGUUGAAUAUGCAUUGAAAAGUCAUCGAAGAGAUGAAUUCAUAGAGUGGAUUAAAGGUUUAUUAGCUUGUCCUUUUGUAUUACAUGCUGAUGUUGAACAUUUUGAUUCUCAGUUCCCACAAUUAUAUAAUGAAAAUCCUGAUGAUUCAGAUAUAUAUUUUAAAAAUCAUGAAAAUGUAGUUGCUCAAGAUUGUCAAAAAAGAUACCUUGAAAUUUUUAAAGAUGUUGAAAAUUUAAUUGAACAUACAAUUUUAAUAGAUGAAAUUAAUGAUAAAGAUGUUUUUCAAAAUUCAACAAGUAGAUUAAGAAAAUUAGUUCCUUCAUUAGGUAGAUUUUUCACACCAUUACCAUUAUCAGAAGCAUUUUUAAUUGAAGAUGAAAGAAGAGCAAUAAGUAAACGAAGAAUGGUUAGUCCUAGUUUUAAUGAUGUUAGAAUGAUUUUAAAUACUGCUCAAAUAUUAGCCUUGACUAAAAUUUAUAAAGAUAGAACAAAGACAAAUUUAAAAUUAAUAACUUUUGAUGGUGAUGUUACUUUAUAUGAAGAUGGAAAAUCUUUGGAAAAACAAAGUGAAGUUGUUAAAAGAUUGAUACAAUUAUUGAAAAUGGGUUUAUUUGUUGGUGUGGUAACUGCUGCUGGAUAUCCAAAACAAUCAGGUGCUGAAAAGUAUUAUGAAAGAUUAAAGGGUUUAAUAGAUUAUCUCAAUUCAACUCAUUGUGAAUUAACUAAAUCUCAAAAAGAAAAUUUAUUAGUAAUGGGAGCUGAAUCAAAUUAUCUUUUCCGUUAUAAUUCAGAAAUGAAAGGUUUAAAAUAUUUAGAAAAUAGUGAAUGGUUAUUACCACAAGUUAAAACCUGGGACAUUAGAAAAAUUGAAUUCAUAAUGUCAAGUAUAUAUAAACAUUUGAUUCAUUUGAGAAAUAAAUUUAAUCUUGAAGAUUCAACGUCAAUUAUAAAAAAGGAAAGAUCAGUAGGUAUAAUUCCAAAUCCAGGUUGUCAAAUAUUACGUGAAACAUUGGAAGAAAUGGUGUUGAGUUGUUCAAAUAAAUUAAGUCUUAUUUUGAAAGUAGAUUCAAAAAAUCUUGAUUCUGUUAAAGUUUGUGCUUUCAAUGGUGGUUCUGAUGUUUGGGUAGAUAUUGGUGAUAAAGCAUUAGGUGUUGAAUCUUUACAAAAAUUUUUAUGUCAAAAUGAACUGGAAGAAUUAGAAUAUUGUCCAAUUAAAAAAUCUGAGAGUUUACAUAUUGGUGAUCAAUUUGCAAGUUUAGGAGCUAAUGACUUCAAAGCUAGAUUAAGUGCUUGUACUGUUUGGAUUGCAAAUCCAAUUGAAACAGUAGCUAUAUUAGAUGAUUUGAUUAAUUUUAUGACAUAA